AUGGAAUCCACGGCUAACGGCCUUCUCCGCAAGAUCCUGGCCACAGAAGGCGCAACCGUUCCCGUUGGUUACCCUAUAGGCAUUAUUGGGAGUGCCGAUGAGGAUAUUGGCGGACUCAUUGUGGACGAAGCACCGGCGCCGGCCCAGGCCUCCGGCGAUGCCCAUUCCGCUGAAGUUGCCUCGCCGGCUCCCAUAUCUCAAACACAACCCGCCGCUGAUGGCGAGCGGGUCAAAGUGUCGCCUGUCGCUAGGAAGCUGGCGGAGGAACGUGGCAUAGAGCUAUCCCAGGUUAAGGGUACGGGCCCCGGAGGGCGCGUCACCCUUGCGUCCUUGAAGAAACAUUCCGGUUUAAACGCAUCGUACAGAGGCGACUACUUGGAGACGUAUCCCUACAUUCACUUGGGUAUGGCCAUUGCUACGGAACAGGGAUUGAUGGUUCCGGCCAUAGUCAAUGCGCAGGACAAAUCCCUUGUGGACCUGGCUAUCGCAAGCAAGGACUUGGCGGAACGUGCCGGGCAGGGCAGGUUGCGCCAGGAAGAAUACACCGGCACCUUCAGCACCAGUAACCUGGGUAUGUUUGGCGUUGACGAAUUCAGUGCCAUCAUACUGCCCCCCCAAGCUGCGACACUGGCGAUCAGCGCCGUAAAAAAGCGGCCUGUGGUGGCAGCCGACGAUCAGGUAGUAGUGCGGCAGAUGAUGAAGGUCACGCUUUCCAUUGACCACCGCGUUUCUGACGGGGUAGAAAGUGCUCAGUUCCUUGCUGAAAUGAAGCGGCUCUUGGAGACCCCGGCGCUUCUGCUGGUAACCUAG